AUGGAAGGUGCCAACAUUUUCUAUAGGAACCCACAGACAGUGGUACCCCAACCUCAGGAGCCUCAGAAUCUGGAUGAUUCGUUGCCUGCUGGUCAGUUUUCCCUGGUGUACUGGCCACACCAAUGUGAAGUCAUCAGGGACAGAAUUGAGCACAUUGAUUGGGUACCCACUGCCCCUAAGCCAUUGUAUGCUCCAACAGGUUUGGAGAUGAUGCCGCCAUACCAAACUCCUGACAAAGGCACUGUCAUUUAUCUAGGAGAAGAAGCUAACAAAAACUCCUGCUGUAUGUAUUCCCGAGUGAGAGGUCUCUGCCCCCUGAAGCAGAUCCUCCAUCAGAAAGGGGACAACACACUGAUCUUCGAAGCACGGUUUGAGAGUGGGAAUUUGCAGGAGGUGGUCAAAGUCAAUGAAUUUGAGUACCAGCUGACCCUGCGCACCGACCUCUACACAAGCAAACACACACAGUGGUACUACUUCCAAGUAAGCAAUAUGCAGGCGGGGAUGCCCUAUCGCUUCACUAUUGUCAACUUUACCAAGCGUAACAGCCUAUAUAAACGUGGCUUGCGGCCACUGUUGUACUCAGAAGUCGAUGCUAAGAAACACAAGGUUGGCUGGCGAAGGACUGGAAAUGAAAUCAAGUAUUACAAAAACAAUGCGGGCCGAGGUAGACUUCAAUAUUUCUCACUCACUUGGACGUUCCAGUUCCCUCAUGACCAAGACACCUGCUACUUUGCCCACUGCUAUCCUUACACCUACUCCAACCUGCAGGAGUACCUGGGGGCCAUCUCUAAUGAUCCAGUGAAGUCCAAAUUCUGCAAGAUACACGUCUUGUGCCAUUCACUGGCAGGAAACACAGUGUACGUUUUAACUAUCACCAACCCCCCCAAAAGCGGCAAAGGCACCGAGAGGAAGGCUGUGAUACUAACUGCGAGGGUGCAUCCAGGAGAAACUAACAGUUCCUGGAUAAUGAAGGGCUUUCUGGAUUAUAUUCUUAGUGAUACAGGCGAAGCUCAACUCCUGCGGGACAAUUUUGUCUUCAAAGUGGUACCCAUGUUGAAUCCGGAUGGUGUGAUUGUGGGAAAUCACCGCUGCUCUUUAACAGGUCAGGACUUGAACCGAAAAUACAGGUCUAACGUGAAGAAAUUGUAUCCUUCUGUCUGGUAUACCCGAAACAUGAUCAGAAGAGUGAUGGGAGAAGAUGAUGUUUUUCUGUAUUGUGACAUCCAUGGUCACAACAGGAAACAAAAUGUCUUCAUGUAUGGCUGUGAGAGAAAGUGGCAAGCAAAAGCACCAUACGUGCAUCCACGUGUCUUCCCACUCUUGCUGAGCAAGAGCUGCCCAGAUAAGUUCUCAUUCCCAGACUGCCGUUUCAGAGUACGAAAGAGCAAAGAAGGCACAGGUCGAGUGGUAAUGUGGAAGAUGGGCAUCAGCAACAGCUACACUUUGGAAGCCUCUAUCUGUGGCUCUAAGUUGGGCUGCAGGCAAAGCACCCAUUUUGAUAUGAAAGACUUGGAGUCAAUAGGACAGCAUUUCUGUUAUGCUCUCUUGAACUACUGUGUUCAUAACAAGUCUUAUUAUUAUUUGUGCCUGAAGGAACACGAGAAAGUAGUGAAGCACCAAGCCAGAGUGAACUCCAGGGUCCUGAAUUCUGAUGUGUUAGAUUGGGAUUCCAGAUUCAGAACAAUGGGUAUCCUCCAAGUGACCUUCCAGUCUCUCCAGAAGCCUGUUGUGAAGAAGACCUCCAAGAGAAGCUACAAGAAGAAGUGA